UCUCGAUAUCCAGUGUGAAGUUUAUUAUUAUUUAUACUUGCGUUAAGUUUCCAAGGCGUUUAAAGUUUAAGUAAACGGCCCCGGCGGAGGUUGUUCCUUCAGUUCGUAAGACAAUCUUGAACUUCGUAGUGUGUCGAACGUACGCCGAGACAGACGAAAGGGGUCAACGAAAUGGGAACUCUUAUAACCAACGUAACCAACUAUUAUAAAUACAUUAACGAUGACUUGGCGGAUCCCCGAACGAAUGGCUUCUUCCUGGUGGCCAGCCCAGUGCCGUUGAUGGUGAUAAUGUUCCUGUACCACCAGUUCGUGCGCCACUGGGGGCCCGCCUACAUGGAGAACAGGCAACCCUACGUGCUGAAGAAUAUCAUCAUAGUGUAUAACAUUAUCCAGAUCAUCUUAUCAGGAAUUUUAACGAUAGAGUGCCUCAGAUGGUUGUACCUGCCGGGCUACUACAGUGUUUGGUGUCAGAAAAUAAACUACGACGACACGGAAGUAGAGCGAAAGAUCAUCGGUUACGUGUGGCUCUACUACUUCAUAAAAAUCGUCGAUUUGUUUGACACGGUAUUUUUCGUACUCCGUAAGAAAUAUAACCAGGUGACGUUCCUUCAUGUAUACCACCACCUUGGGAUGUGUCUGCUGGGAUACAUUGGCACCAAGUAUGUGCCGGGUGGUCACGGCAUCAUGCUGGGCUUCAUCAACUCCGUGGUGCACGCGCUCAUGUACGCGUACUACCUGGUGGCCAUCGUGCGGCCGCAGUGGGUGAAGCUGUGGUGGAAGAAAUACAUCACGCAGAUUCAAAUUGUGCAGUUUCUGCUUUUGAUUCUACACUUCGGUCACAUACUAUUCGAACCGUCUUGCGGAUAUCCCAAAUGGGUAGCAUUUAUGUUUUUGCCGCACAACAUAUUUAUAUUGUUCCUCUUUACCGACUUCUAUAUCAAGCAGUACAUCUUAAACAAGAAGAAGGAACAAUAAGGGACAAAGUACACUUACUAGGUAAUUACGAACUAAGCGUAAUCUCUACUAGUUAAAUAUGUAAAAUUUAGUAUAAUAAAGCAAUUAAUUAAUU